AUGGUCUUUCGGCAGUUCACUAAUCGCUCAAGAAUUUUGUACACUGGCUGUUUGUGCUCCUUCUACGCAGCUAAGGAAAGAGUAUGGGAGAGGAAAAUAAGUCUACGAUUCUUGAUUUUGUCUAAACUUCUCCUGCUCGUGAACGGGCACUCGAUGGAGCCCACUAUAGAACACAACUCGUUGAUCAUUAUUCGCCCAUUUUUCGCUGGAAUCGAAAAGCUCUCUAAAAACGACGUGAUUGUAGCUGAAGACCCGGAACAAGAGGGAAAGACUAUUUUGAAAAGAAUCACUCAUUUGGCUGGCGAAAGAGCGUACUGGAGGCGGCGCGUGUAUCUAGGUGAUGGAUGGGAAGAUGUCGGGGAAGUUGAAGUUCCAAAUGGAUGUGUCUGGGUAGAGGGCGAUAAUAAGGAACGAUCUAUUGAUUCUAGAUUCGGGCUCUCAUGCAGUCGCUUUCAUUAA